AUGCCUCUUUCUGCCGGUGAAAUUGAGCGCGCAGAGCGGUUGCUUAAGCGCACAAUCGCUAAACGCGAUAUGUUAGUGUCACAAGUUCAAUUGUUAUGUGACUUGGCGCAUAAGGUUGCAACAGAUAAGGAUGUCCUGCCGUUGUUUCGCGCUAGGAAAAAGGACAUUGGUGGUUUGCGCACCCAAUGUUCGCUCGAGCAAGACUCUAUUCUUGAAAUUUUGAUUCAACUCCAACGCGAGGAAGAGUAUAACUCAAUUCAUGUACCUAUUGGGAACAAGCUGUCGGAAAACUAUUAUCUGAUUAUGGCGAUUUCCGACGACGUUCUCGUCGAACCUUCUGUGCGUUCAGAACCAACCGGUGUUAAUACCGCGCGCAUACAGUCGCGCAUACAGUUACCAAAAAUAGAAUUACCUUCAUUUGACGCUCGUGCUAACUCUACUGUUGUGCUAGGCACCGCGAUCGUUCACAUUAAGGAUGCGUGGGGACAAACUCAUGCAGUUCGUGCACUUCUAGACAGUGGCUCUCAACUUUCAGCCAUGACAAACAAUUGCUCAGCUCGACUUGGGUUACCCCGAAAUCGUUUCCAGUCCAACAUCGUUGGACUCGGACAAAGCCCUAUUACUCAAAUUCAAGGUGUCACUAGGUGUCAAUUCACUUCACAUUUUGAUUCAAAAUACGUGUUUCCCACAGUAGAUAUGGUUGUUUUACCGCACAUCACGGCAGCCAUGCCGUCCGCACAUGUGCCGUCCAACGCUGGCGUUGAACAUUAUGCGGGUUUCCCAUCGGCUCUGGACACCAAAAUUGGUUGGAUAAUCUUUGGAUCCUUUUCUACAUCAAAUACCCCGCCGUUAGUCGCUCUUACAACCGCCGUCGAUCAGUCAAUCAACGAUCAACUGUCACGUUUUUGGGAAAUCGAAGAACCUGCCGCCUCUGUAUCACCCACCACUGAAGACCAAUGGUUUGUCGGUGCCGACACGGAAGAGCAACUUCUACGUCGAAAAGAGGCAAUCGUCGGUUUGCUCCACAACGGGGCUUGUGAACUGAGCAAAUGGACCAGCAAUAGUGCUCUCGUCCUAGGGUCCAUCAGUCCUGACCAUCGUGCGAAUUCCGUAUCAUUUGACCCACGGGAUGAACAUUCGCUUCCGGAAGAACAGUGGCCAAAGUCCAAAUUCUCUCCAUUAAGUCCGGACCAGUUGCCCGAAACUAGACCUAAUGUUACCACAGUGUUAACCGUCAAUGUUCAAUCACCGUCGCUAGAGUUGUUCAGUCGUUUUUCGUCACUCAGCAAAUUGCAACGAGUUUUGUCAUUUGUCCUCCGAUUUUUGCGUCGUCUCCGUCGCCAGUCUGUCAACUUUGGACCGUUGACAUUAGCGGAACGCGAAGCAGCAUUAUUUGUCGUCGUACAACGGACUCAACAACACCACUUCUCGGAUUUGUCAAAUAUGUUAAAAACCAAGUCUGAGCUUGUGCGGUUGCCUAUCGAACCGUGA